CGAUUGUUUACUAAAUUUCUAAUUUGACUUUAAUGUCUUGAUUUUAAGAAUCGAUCUAAAAUAGUGAUCUAUAGAAAUGGAUGUGUGUAAUAAAUUAAAAGAAAAAGGAUGGUGCUUAAGCGAAGAGGGAACCGAAAUUCUGGUGAAGUAUGCUAAUUCAACAGAUCUGAAAAUUUUAUCAGAAAAAGCUUUGGAGUUUGACCUGAAAAAAAUUGGAUGUGGUGCCUUAAGUUCAGAUUUAUCAAAGUCUAAAACUGAUUUUAUUAAAGGAAAUGUAAUUGUGCAAAUAACGAAGUUAAAGAAUGUAUCAGCACCAAAAAGUGAUCAAAACUCACAUAAAAGUCCUAGGUUAUUAAAACUCACAUUAACUGAUGGAAAAAACACAUUUUUUGCUUUAGAAAUGAAACUUAUUCCUCGCCUGAGUUUAAGUACACCACCUGGAACAAAGUUGUUUUUGAAAGGAAAUAGUUUGAAAUUGAUGCAUAACUAUGUAUUAUUAAAUUCUGAAAACACAGAAGUGCUUGGAGGAAUAGUUACAAGUCUGGUCGAGAAAUGGGAAGUGGAGAAAAAUCUUGAAAAAUGUACUAAAGGUACUAAAAACGUUGCUGGUUAUCCGCCAUGGAUUCCAUUUGAUAAAAAUAUUAUUGAUGGUGGUGAGACUACUAAUCCAGAAAAUCAUAAAGCAACAAACCUUCUCAAUUGUGCAGAUAACAAGGUCCAGAAUGAUGAAUUUGAUUCGCAACUACAACAAAAUAUUAAACAAGCCUUGAUUGACAAUCAAAAAAAGCCAAAAAAGGAUUUUGGAGGUGGUAAAAAAACAUUAGUCGAUAUGAAUGUUCAAAGAUUAAUGGAUAAAGGUUUUUCACAAUUUGAAGCCGAAAAUGCAUUAAAAUUGUGUAAGCACAAUUUUGAUAAAGCCCUUAAAAAGCUGCAAUUUUCGCAUCCUGCUAAUCAGCACUCAGUAAAGUCGGAAAAGUUUGAGAAACACACAGAAGUCAAAGAUUUCAAACCAAAUUUAGGAAAGAUAUCUUUAUCAGACUUUUUUGAAGAUUUACCUUUAUCAAGUAAAAAAACUAUUGCUGUAGAUAGUACGUCAUCUUCAAUAAAUACAUCUGCAAGAUAUGGCAAUACAUCUGAAAAGGUUAUGAAUAAAACACAUGAUUCAUAUCAAAAUGCAAAUUCAAUAGACAAUUAUAAAUCUAAAGCAAUUCAUGAGAAAAAAUCAUACCAUAAUAUAAAUCACCAGAGAGAUAAAAAUCAGUAUCUGAAUGUGAAUGCAAAUGCAAAACAAAUGAAUAGAAAUAAAAGCCCUGAUAGAAAUAAUACCUUCAGAGACCGCCAAAGCAAUAAGAAUGUUCAAAAUAAGGAAAAAGUAUACGGAAAUAAAUUUCAGAAAAAUAUACGAGACGACAAUUCUUUUCCAGAAAAAAAGAGUUUUCAACAAUCUGGCAACAAAGAUAUUAAUCAUGAGAUAUCUAAUUUAGCAAGUAGUGAAAGUGAGAAAGUAAAUAAAUCAACUGUACCAGAGUUUCCAAAGAAAAUAUGCAACACAAGAAUUUUUCGUAAUAACUUGAAUAGCAAUAGUCAUACCGAAACAGCAGGUGGAAAUGGUUUCUGUGAUAAAUUUGACGUAAAAGAUAGAAAGUGGCGCAUUGGCGAUAGGUGUAUAGCAAAGUAUUGGGAGGAUAAAAAGUACUAUGAUGCUGAAAUCACAGGACUUUCUGAUUAUACAUGUGUGGUUCGUUUUCUGGAAUAUGGAAAUUUUGAAGAAGUAAGCAAAUUCGAUUGCUUGCCCGUUACGCAAUCACGCGAUCAAUACUCUCAUCGAAAACAGUAUAAUUCUUCGAGAAACAAAUUGGAUAAUAAUGUCAGCAAUCAUCAAAAUAAACCACUUGAAAAGGAUCAACAACGAAUUGAUGAAUCCGAAAUUGUUAAUAAAGUUAAAAAUUUAACUAUUGAAAAUAGAGCGAAAAAAAAUAGAUUUGUUCCUAAUAUUUAUGUACCGCCUGCUCAAAGAAAAUGAUAUUUGUUUGAAGAUGAGUUACGUGUUUAUAAUAUAUA